AUGAUCCUGCAAAUCUGUCAAAUGAACGCCAGCCCCGGACAAUUCCGGAUGAGGCACCUCGGUCAGAUGCCGGCCAAACCCCCAGAAUCAGACUUCAACCUCCAUCUGGGGCCCCGCGUCUCCACAGAACGCUUUUCACUCCGGGGAUCCCCUGGUCAAGUUCAGGCGCAGCUUAUGGACUUUUGGGAUGCCCUCGAGACGCGGCCUGCACUCAAAUGCCACUAA